AUGGACCGCAGUUGGUGCGGAAAUGAAACUUUAGCGGGGGCGCAGCGGGCGAGCGACGGUGACGGCGCGGACUCACAUUUGCAAGGGCUGGUCUUCUUGCGGAGGGAGCCCGCCCCGUCGGCGAUUGUGAACGACGCGGCCGCCGAAGGAGACAAGCGGCCAGGGCGCCGGCCGACACAGCGAAGAGCGCCCGCCGAAAGCGCCGCCCCUACUGAGGGGCGCGGGGCGAGCGCGCAACUCGCCAACCCUAAAUCGAUAUUCGCCCCCGAUCUC